AUGCCCAAGAGGAAGGUCAGCUCCACCUACGGGGCUGCCAAGGAAGAGCCCAAGAGGAGAUUGGCGCAGUUGUCAGCUAAACCUCCUGCAAAAGUGGAAGUGAAGCCAAAAAAGGCAGCAGCGAAGGAUAAAUCUUCAGAUAAAAAAAUGCAAACAAAAGGGGAAAGGGGAGCAACGGGAAAACAGGCUGAAGUGGCUAACCAAGAAACUAAGCAAGAUUUACCUGCAGAAAACAGUGAAACGAAAACUGAGGAGAGUCCAGCCUCCGAUGAAGCAGGAGAGAAGGAAGCCGAGUCUGAUGAACACCAUACACCAUGUCUUAUCAGUGGUCUCUGUCUCCCUUCUGGUACAAUCCAGAGGAAUAUUUUUAUCAACUAUUUUAUUCCCUACACAGCAUGGAGGUUUGGUGGGAUGGAGGGGAAGAGAUGCUCAGGCCCAGAACAUCUUUGCAGUUCUGAGCCCAUGAGCAGUGACAGUAAGAAAAGUGGGCAGAUAGAAUGCAAAAGAGCUGUGCCCACCCAAUUCAAGUACAGACAACAGAUUAUCCCAUGUGACACAGCUGCUGAGAACAAAGUCAGGUUCAUGACGCCACAGACCCGUUCCUACCGAGGAGACCAAGGCACUGUGUGCUCCCAAAGUCAUCCGAGAACGAUUGAACUGGGUUCCCAGCACUGUGAGGCCACAAAGCUCCAGACCAGCCAUACUUUUGCCACCCUCGCUCCUCACCCCUGCUUGUUCUGGAAGCCCAGGUGCACUUCUGCAGCAAGGGAGCGCUAA